AUGCUCCCUCUCUGUGCACAAGAAUCAGAGUCUUCACAGAGAAUAAAGCAUAAGAAUUAUGAAACAGCUGUCCUGGGAAGAAACGUGACCCUCUUCUGCAACUUGACAAAUCUGGCAAAUGUUUUGCAAGUUACCUGGCAGAAAAUCCAAGGCUCUUUGCCUCAUAAUAUUGGCACUUACAGCCAUAAAUAUGGAGAAAAGAUUCUCUCACCAUAUGUAAACAGGCUGCAGUGCAAGUUCCUGGAACCCAGUGUCUCCUUCAUGACUAUCCAAGGAGUGACAUUUGAAGAUGAAGCCUGCUACAAGUGUCUGUUUAACACUUUUCCACAAGGCAGCCAUGGAGUACAAACCUGCCUUACCAUUUUAACUGUAUCUGAGCUAGUAACUGAACUGCAGUCUGCCCCUGGCUCUGAAGAUCUUCAUAAUCUCCAUUGUUCAGCUGUGGGAAAGCCUGCUCCCAGGAUCUCCAUUUACCCUUCACAAGUGGCAGUGCACCCACCACAAGAGUACUUUUCUCAGAACGCCAAUGCCACAGUGACUGUCACUAAAAUCUACAACAUCUCUUUGAAAACUGCGAGGUCCCUAGGUCUCCGGGACCUGGUUGUGUCCAUGACUCACCCCGUGAGAUACGAAGAGAAGAUAGUCCCUCUGCCAGUCAAUCAAACAAGUACCACAAAUCCUUGUUUAAGCUGGAAGAUAACUGCAACUGCAUCCAUCUUUUUAUUUGUUCCAUUCAUCAUCAGUGCUGUUUUCUAUAUUUAUUUCCAAAAGAAAAGGUCAGAGAACUUGCCUGAAAUAUCAUCAACACAGAUGUCUAACACAAUAUCAACUCUGAUGCCCACAUCACCAUCAACUGAGACUGAGAACUUAAUAAACCAACACCACCAGACAGAUAUAAUUGGAAGACUAGCCUUGGAUAUCCCAUUGUUGCCUUUGGUCAUGGAGACCCUGAAGCUUUGGAUCUGCAAAACCUGUCGCUUUAUAGCUCCAGCAGUUCAUAGAUUGGUAGAUGUUACAGUUGGCCAGCUCAAAGCUAUGGAUGUGGGUUUCCAUGGUAGCUGGAUCAGUGUGUUGUACAGCCAUCAUCAGAAGAGCAUCCUCCUGCAAGAUGGGAACAAAUAUAGAGACUCACAGACAUUGCACAGUGAGAAACCUGGGAACACUCAGUCCUGA